AUGGCCGCGGACGAGCUCAACACGGCGACGGCCGACGGCAUGGAUCAUCAGGACCGUCUAGCGCGCCUGCCGGACGACAUUAUAGCCAACAUCCUCCGUCGCGUUCCGCCGUGCUGGCUCGCCGCCUCCCGGUGCGUCUGCAGGGCCUGGCGCGACGCUGUCGACGGCCACGGCGUGCUGCGCGCCGACCUGCUCCCGCUCUCGCUCGCCGGCCUCUUCCUCCACUUCAGACAGCACAAGUUCCCGGAGUACCUCGCCCGACCCUCCUCCAUGGCUGGUGCUCGCGCGAUCACCGGUGACCUCAGCUUCCUGCCCUCUGCCAGUCCCCAUUGCGGCUAUAUCUGGCAGGAGGACUGCACCGAUUGGUACUACUAUGACAUCGAUGGUCACUGCAACGGUCUCCUCUUGCUUACCGGCGACUAUGUGGUUAACCCUGCGACACGACGGUGGUAUAAGUUGCCGACCUGUCCACCUGAGCACGUUAGGAAGGGCGUGGUCUACGACCAGCAUCUAGUCUAUGAUCCGAUGCUAUCUCCUUACUACGAGGUGUUUAGCAUCCCCACUUUGGACUAUUUGGAGAAAGUAGACCCCUCGAUGGAGGAAUGUGAAUGGCCGCCGUCCGUGUGCAAGAUGCAUGUUUUUUCAUCAGAUUCAGGUUGCUGGGAGGAGAAGGAUUUCUUGCGGGAAGGGGAUGCUGCAGGGACCAUAGCUGAGAUGUAUUAUAGUGAUUUAAAGUCCAUCUACUUUCGAGGAGCACUUUAUGUACACUGUGGAGGUAACUUUCUUAUGAGGUAA